AUAUUAAAAAUACGUACUCGAUUAGUGCGUGAGGGUUUUGUCUCCUCUCUUGGGUUUUCAUAGGGGCUUUUCCCGUUUGAUGCUGCGGCUGUCUGGCCGGCCCGUAAUGUGGUUGUCGGAGACGAACGUUCUCUACUCGAUUUGAUUGAGUUUCGCUUACGUCCAGUCUCCAGUGGGGUCUUGACUUCAUUCCUCCCCCCUACCUCGUGCAGAGAUUGAAACAAUGUUUUCAGAGGAAACAGUAAGUGUAGUAGGGAGUGAGGUGAUGCCCCUAGAGUAUGGUAGCAUGGACUCGGAGAGUAGUCCGUCUCCAUCUAGUUCGGAGAGGACGGUGGAAGGGGUGGAAGGAGGUGAGGGAGUGAGAGGAGGGGAGAUAGUUAGGAGUGGAGAUGCAGAUAUAGUGGAGGAGGUGAAGCAGUAUAGAUCUGAACUCGGGACCAUGUGGUCGUGGGUUCGAUUCCCAUAGAUGGCGCCAAAUGUAAUUGCACCAAAUCAGAUGUCCUUCUUUAGUCCACGUCCGCACUCCAGAUUGACCUACAAAGCCCCGAGGUGGGUCCUCGAGGUAGAUACUCCGAUGCUUAAGUCAGUAAUAAUCGGAGCUAACUCUA